GUCAUAGCUGUGAAAGGAUCAUUGCCAGAAGUGGCCUGUAAACUUGCAGACGCAGUAGCUGGAUUGGUCUGUAUACUCUGGUAUUAAAUAGCUACUUUAUUAUUAAAGAAUUAUUCUGUAAAUUCGGCUAGAUGCACUUUACGAUAUUUUGGAAAAAUAACUACUACAUCCAUUUAAACCCGAGUUCUAGAAUGCUCAGUUUGCCUGGAAGGCUCACUGCCACCAAUUCCUCGGUGUAUUCAUGGUCAUAUCGUUUGUGUUGGAUGUAGAUCGAAAACACGUCAAAUCGGACGUCAAAUCGUCAAACACGAGAAAACGUCUGCUAGGAUUUUACAUGAUUGUUUAUGAUUUCUUCAUUAUCUAAUAACACAAAUAGUUAUUAACUAAUGCCAGUAAACGUUAAUUCAAUUUAAGUUUAUAGUAUUAAAAAACGUACGAUUUAUAUCUUCGAAAUGUAUAUCUUAUGUAACGAAAUCGAAUACGAAAUUUGUGAAUGAUCACAGUUAUUAUUGACUAAUAAUUCUUACGUUUAAUCAAUAAACUUGUUGAAUAAACUUUGUGCAUUGCCUCGGCCAGGCUACUGUAUAGUUAAAUUAGCCGCGGUAGGUUUACCUUACUGUAGUACAAGGUAUUUACGUCAGAGUGAGUCACAGACCUAUGCUGGUUCACAAUUUUCAUAUACCGGUCAUGCAUGUUUUUCAGAUUCGUAAGUAGGUGAUAAUUAUUGAUGUUCAUUUUGGAUUCUUUCGCAAAUUUUCAAAAUAAAUUGGGAAUAAUUUAACUUAAAAUUGAAUAAUAAUUUAACUUAAAAUUGAGUAAUAAUUUAACUUAAAAUUGAGUAAUACGAGUAUAUUUCAAGAUUUUGUGCAAAAAUUCGAUUAUCGCAAAAAGCUUGUGGGAAAUAUAAAAACAGCAAAUACGAAGAUAUAAAACGUGAAAAGAUGGCGUCGAUUGAUUCCAAGAAAGUAACUGAUGUUGAAGUUCAAAAUGCGAGUGAUAUAUCAACAUCAGAAGUAAUUCCGACAAAUACUGAUCAAAAUCCAAAUACCCCAAUUAUUGCAAAAGUUGAUGAGGAAACUGUGGUUUCUUCAGAUUUAUUCGCUUACGAUCCAGCAAAAUAUUCUUUCUGCAAAAAAAAUAGUAUAGUCAGUAUUCUAAAAGUUGGAGAAUCGGGUACCCUCGAAUUUCAGCCAGAAAUAAGGAACGGUGUAUAUAGUAUUACAUUAUGGCCUGACAGUGCGAACUCUGAUUAUCAGCACUUUUUGGAGGAAUUAGCUGUAGUGAUCCCGGAAGCUACUCAAUGGAAAAGUCGUAGACCAAAUAUAGGAGAUUUUGUAUUUGGUAAAUGUUUGGAUGGAGAGUGGAUUAGGGGAUAUGUUAUAUUUGUGCUACCAUACUUGAAGGUGGCUAUGAUCGACGAAGGUAGAUUACUGAUGGCUACUGAGCUUGCUACAUGCAAAAAACCCCUUUCAGAUAUGUAUGCAUUUAGUGGAGUAUGUGAAUUAACUGAUGCUACACAUGAAUUUGAAGAAGGUGAAAUGUCUGAAUUUAAAGUAACAGGCCGGACAGAUAAUGUGGCGCAAGACGAAUUUGAAAUAUUAAUUCUUAAAGGAGAUUUUGAGAUAAAGGCUACUGUAAAGCCUUGGAUUCCAACGCCGGAACAAUUGGGAUUACCAUGUGGUGAUGUGACUAAUGGAACUACAGUGUGCCUUACUGGUUAUCAAAAUCAUAUACAGCUGUACAUUCGUCCCUUAGAUACUCUAGGUUUGGCACGCUAUGACUAUGUUAUGCAAACUAUUGCAAAAUGCGCUGAAACAUCUCCAUUUUUAAGACAACCACCAUAUGUUGCGGAUAUGGUAUUAGCACUGGCUGCUGAUGGCAAUUAUUAUCGUGCGUUUGUUACUAAUGUAGAAAAUGAUAGAGUGGAAGUUACGUACCAUGAUCUUGGUCGUAGUGAUUAUGUAGAUACGAAGACACUUAAGAUUUUUCCUGAUUGUUUGAAGAAGCUUGGAUAUGCUAUGACAAAGGUCCAAUUAAAAGAUGUUCCUCCAGAUAUCCCUCCGCUCAUACCAAUAAUUGAAUAUCUGGACAGCCUAAUAGAAACUAAAGUUCCUCUGAUAUGUACAUAUGAUGGCAUACCUACCUCAGACGGUGUAUAUCUGAAAUAUCCUGACGGAGAAACCGUUAAUAAUAUGAUAUGUAAAUGUCUCGAGCCGUAUCGUGUGAAAUCUUCUGAGUAAAUAGAAAAAUGAAUCUCAAAAUUAGUUGCUGUAUUGAAAGAAAAAUUAUUCAGCGUGAUGUUGUAUCUGUGUGUCGUAUAUAAUGUGGAAUUACCAUUGGUCAAAGCCAAAUUAAUUGGAGAAGGCUUAAUAUCAGCUCGGAAAAAAAAAUAAAAAAAAGAAAUGCCUCAUUUUGCGAAAAGAGAACAUCUUAAUUCUAAUGCCUGUAGCUAAAAUUGAGAAACUUUUAGCUAAAAUAGUUAAAACAUGAUUUGUUUUUAGAAAGUAUUUUAAUAUUUGUAGGAGACAUUCCACACUUUGAUAUUAUUGUAUCUUCUGUUAUUUAACAGUUCAAAAAUUUCAUAUCUUAAAUUAGAAAUUGCGAUGUGUCACUCAAUUACUAUGUAAGAUCAGUACUUUUUGAACAAUUUUUUUAUAUUUACUUUUGUCAAUAUUAUGUUUUAUUUCCAUGAAUCUCCAUAUUCAACAUACUUUUUGCGAGACUUGUAUUUUGUGUACAAUUUAU